AGCUCUCACACAACAGCUCAUCAAUGGAUGAAGUUGCAAGCAAUGUUUCUGAUAGGAAGAGACCAAAAGCUCCGUGGCCUUGGGGGCUUGUUGCUGGAAUCUUGCUGGCAGUUUUCAUUCUGACAAGCAUUGCUGGUUUAUUAGUGGCCAUUUUUGGAAAGAAAAUCAUCCAUCCAACCAUAUCCUUUUAUUUUCAAGUAGUUGCAGGUUUUUUUGCUUUCUUUCUUUCCAUAUCUGAGACUGGACUGCUCGUAUCUACUGUAAAAUGGGUAGAGUCUGUAAAGCAAGAGCAGGUAAAAUUAUUGAGAUCUUCUGUACUAAGUGCUUCAGGACGACUUCGCUCAAUACCUAAUACAAUACCAGAGCAACCUGUAAGAGAUUUCAAUGCAGCAAGAAUACUUCUAGUGUACAUUAGCAUAACUGGCCUUAACUUGGGAUUGCUUCUUGGUUUGCUCUCAUUGAACCUGAUGUUUGUUUAUGAGAGUCACACUUCACUCCGAGGAGAGCUGUGGCCAUUCUUUACUGUUGAUGUGACGCUUGGUCUUAUUGUCCCUUUGAUUAUUGGGGUCUCACUAAUACCAUUAGGUGUAAAAUAA